AUGCGCCUCUGCGACCUCUGCAAAUCCAUCCCAUGGGAGGAUCUCCCUCCCUUUCCGAAUGAAAACUUUAUGAAGACUUUGAGCGGCUACCCACGCUUUCAUCACUUAGUAUUGCAGAGUCAGCUGAUUGAGAAAGACACGCCCAUCAAAAAAUUCGGCGUCCAGUACCAUGCAAGCCUCCAGAGUCUCCGCCAAGCUACCUCUGGCGGUUGCGAACUCUGUCGGAUCAUUGAGAGAGAAGCCGAUGCACUGAUGGAGGAGAUCGCAGGCCUUCCCCAGCCGAGACGCGGUCUGAUGCAGACCGAGCCCAGCUGGGAUAUGUGGCUGACGAAGCGAUCAGAGUCUGAAAUAUCCGGCGAUGGGUUCUGGGUGGUGAAUAGAAGCUCGUGGGGGAGCGACAAGUGGCUCGUCCCGAUUGCGUCCAUCGGCUUCAGUUCGGAUGAAGAUGAUCCUCGCACCACCGGUUCUUCUGGUCGCGUGUUGAGAGAAGUUCCAGACGAGGCGACACUCCGUCGAGCUGUUGACUGGCUUGAGAAGUGCAACGAACAUGAUUAUUGUAGUACUCGCGGGAUGUCACCUCUACCAAGUCGUGUACUUGACGUUGGAACACUGGAGUCCGGUCCCGCCAUCAAACUCAUCGAGCCAGGUGCUGAUCUCCGCGAUCGAUACAUUACUCUAAGCUACUGCUGGGGUCAAGGAUCGAAGCAAUUCACUACAACAAACGAAACAAUGCAAGCACGAAAGGAGGGUUUCUUGCUGGACUCCUUACCACAGACCCUUCAGGAUGCAGUCUUCAUUACUCGAAAACUCGGAGUUCAGUAUCUCUGGAUCGACAGUCUCUGCAUCUGCCAGGAUGAUCUCAAAGACUGGGAGCGAGAGUCGGGUCAAAUGGCUGCAGUCUACUCUAAUUCCUACCUCACUCUUGCGGCCACAAAGUCUUCUGACAUUAGUGGAGGCCUCCUCUCGCCUCGGAAGAAAAGGACAUACUUCAAGCUUCCUCGGGCAAGUUCCAGCAACGAAGACACAUUCAUCCUUGCGUCUGUUCUACCUCUCCACAAAGAAAUCAUCCAUGAGUACCACUUGCAAAUGAGGGAGGAGCCUCUGACAAGAAGAGCCUGGGGCUUCCAAGAGCGUGUUCUUGCCCGAAGAAUACUACACUUUGGAAGCGAACAAAUGUACUGGGAAUGUCUCGAGGGAUUCCACGCCGAAGAAGGACUCAAACUCCCACGCCGACUACCCUGUGUCAAUCCCGACCCAGAAGUAAUUGCCCAUGUGGAGAAGCGCGCCGAGGAGCAGGCAGAGCUUCACAAAGACUUCAACCGCUCCACACCCUCGCUCAAGGCCUGGUCUCACCUCUUGCGCGAGUACGGACCUAGGGAGCUAACAAACCCUGCUGAUAAACUGCCUGCAUUCUCCGGUGUGGCGAAGACCUUCAGCAGGAUACUCGACGACGAGUAUCUAGCAGGACUGUGGCGAGGUUCCUUAAUCGAAGGGUUGUGUUGGCAGCCACUGAGCUGCCAGCCUGCUUCGGGGGGCUACCGCGCUCCGUCGUGGUCAUGGGCCUCUGUCGAUGGUACUCCUGCGACGGGGUUCUUGGGUGAGAGUGUACCUCAUGCAGAGAUCAUUGAGGCAAAGGUCGAGAUUGACGGCGAAAAUCCAUUUGGUCGUGUCAAAGACGGCUGGAUUAAGCUCGAAGCUCCGCUUGUGAAGAUGGUCGUGUCCGACAACAAAGGCCCGACAGGACACAUACUUCUGAGGACCGAGAAGGGCGCGACUGACUUCUACGCAAUGCUAGAUACGAUUGACCGGGACUAUGCUGCUAGCGUAAGUCUCCUCAAUUCAGUGGAGUUGAGUGCUGUCGUUCUGGCCUUCACCUACGGCACUCCUUUCGAGGCAGAUCCCGAGCGGAAGGAUCCAUGUGCUCAUGCACUACUUGUGGUCCCUUCGGAGGAUCGACCUGGUUGUAUGAGGAGAAUUGGGAUGCUCGUCCAGGACGGAGCAGCAUUUGGGGCGGACCUACUGGCUUCUGCAAAGUCUGUUGUCACCUUGGUAUGA